AUGUCUCUGAAGGCUGGGGAAAAGGCAGCCUUGCUGAUGGUAGCCUGGAUUCAAGCUGUGCUCUGUUGCUGCUCAGCCUACUCCAGUGCGGGUCCACAAGGCAGUGAAGGGCCUCUGCAGCUGGGCAAACUGGUGCCCCCAGAGGCCACUUCUCUUGUGCAAUCCAAAGAGAGCAACCUGGGUGAGCCAGAAUUGCCCCCUGACUCUGAACCCGUGGGUAUGGACAACAGCUACCUCAGUGUGAAGGAGACAGGGGCCAAGGGGCCCCAGGACCGGGCUAGUGCUGACAUCCCAAGUCCCCUGGAAAAGACUGACUCGGAGAGCAACAAAGGCAAGAAGCGGCGGAACCGCACCACCUUCACCAGCUACCAGCUGGAGGAGCUGGAGAAAGUCUUCCAGAAGACACACUACCCUGAUGUGUAUGCACGAGAGCAGCUGGCUAUGAGGACCGAUCUCACGGAGGCCCGUGUGCAGGUUUGGUUCCAGAACCGGAGGGCCAAGUGGCGGAAGAGGGAGCGCUUUGGGCAGAUGCAACAGGUCCGGACCCACUUCUCUACGGCCUAUGAACUGCCCCUCCUCACUCGAGCAGAGAACUAUGCCCAGAUUCAGAACCCGUCCUGGAUUGGCAACAAUGGGGCUGCCUCACCAGUGCCAGCCUGUGUGGUCCCCUGUGACCCAGUGCCUGCCUGCAUGUCCCCUCAUGCUCAUCCUCCUGGCUCUGGGGCCAGCAGCGUCUCCGACUUCUUGAGUGUCUCUGGGGCUGGCAGCCACGUGGGCCAGACACACAUGGGCAGCCUGUUUGGAGCAGCUGGCCUCAGUCCAGGCCUCAAUGGCUAUGAGAUGAAUGGCGAACCAGACCGCAAGACCUCGAGCAUCGCUGCACUGCGCAUGAAGGCCAAGGAGCACAGUGCAGCCAUCUCUUGGGCCACAUGA